AUGACCCCAGGUGACCCCAGCCAGAGUGGAAGUUCCUUGAGGGCAUGGACCCCAUUGUGCAUGUCUAGAACCUCCCUCAGUGCCCGGCAGUGUUUGUGGUUGGUUAAGUGGAUAGGAGAUCAUAUUUUUAGCUUUUUUCCACAUUUGUUUCUUCUUCCUGCACUUGCUUACAUUACAUCUUCCACUCAACAACAGGCACCACCCAAUGGGCUUCCCAUGAACUCUUCUCUUGGGCUCACCAGCCCAGACAGUCCCUGGUUUGUUGAAUGCAUGGCUUUCAUUUGUGAAACUUGCCUGUGA